CCGGAGGAGGGGUUGGAGCUCGCGAGGAGGCGUGGCCGUAGUGCGGGAGGAGGCGCGGGCCUGGCGGCCGGGACUUCGGCUUUGACACAGACGGCGAUCGGCGGCUGUGGCUUUGGUGCUGGGCUCUGGACCCGGUUCUUGCGGAUACCGCGUCCGAGUCGGGAGAAGGACUUUUCGUUUGGAUGAACGCAACUGCGGCAGCGCCGCCAGUCUUGGUGCAGCCGCAGCGUCCGGAUUUCACUGCCGCUGCCGCCUCCGCGAAGCCCUGCAGCUCCUGCCGGUUCUGGGAGAGGCACUCAAGAGUUUUCUCCAGCAGAAACAGCUGGGACGCGCGGUCCGAGGUGGCGUGGGAGGGAUCCCGCGGCCAGCCGCUGAUCAGCACCUGCGCCGGCGCUGUCCUGGGCUGGGCUCAGGCUUCGGAGCCGCAGGUGGAAGGAGGACGCCCCAAAGGAGCAGCUGAGAGGUGGGGCGCUAGGAACGGCGCCAACUCUGGUGGCCAAGUGAAAGGUAGUUUUGGACACUCGGGGCAGGUUAUUUAAUGUUUGUCUAGGUAACCAUUUCAUGCCCUGAAUCCUGCACCUUCCCUCUGUGCCUGUGAGGUCUACUGGGCUUCCUCCCUAGCCAAAAGGCUUCCUGGACUCCUGAUCCUGCCAUGGGGAGCACCCUGGGCUGCCACCGCUCCAUCCCCCGGGACCCCUCGGACCUGUCCCAUAGUCGCAAGUUCAGCGCAGCCUGCAACUUCAGCAACAUCCUGGUCAACCAGGAGAGACUUAACAUCAACACCGCCACGGAGGAGGAGCUGAUGACCCUGCCGGGGGUGACGCGCGCGGUGGCACGGAGCAUUGUGGAGUACCGCGAGUACAUCGGUGGCUUCAAGAAAGUGGAGGACCUGGCACUGGUCAGUGGCGUGGGUGCCACCAAACUGGAGCAGGUCAAGUUUGAGAUCUGCGUGAGCAGCAAGGGCAGCUCGGCGCAGCACUCCCCCAGCUCCCUGAGGAGGGACUUGAUGGCAGAGCAGCAGCCUCACCACCUGGCCACCGCCGCUGCCGUGCCCCUCACCCCGCGUGUCAACAUCAACACAGCCACCCCGGCUCAGCUCAUGAGCGUGCGGGGCCUCACGGAGAAGAUGGCCGUCAGCAUCGUGGACUACCGCCGUGAACAUGGGCCCUUCCGCAGCGUCGAGGACCUGGUGAGGAUGGGCGGGAUCAAUGCCGCCUUCCUGGACAGGAUACGGCACCAGGUGUUUGCCGAGAGGUCCAGGCCUCCGUCCACCCACACCAACGGCGGUCUGACCUUCACCGCCAAGCCUCACCCCAGCCCCACCUCGCUAAGCUUGCAGAGUGAAGACCUAGACCUGCCGCCUGGGGGGCCCACGCAGAUCAUCUCCACGAGGCCCUCGGUGGAGGCCUUUGGGGGCACGAGGGACGGGCGGCCUGUGCUGAGGCUGGCCACCUGGAACUUGCAGGGCUGUUCGGUGGAGAAGGCCAACAACCCCGGGGUGCGAGAGGUGGUGUGCAUGACGCUCCUGGAGAACAGCAUCAAGCUGCUAGCUGUGCAAGAACUACUUGACAGAGAGGCCCUGGAAAAGUUCUGUGUGGAGUUAAACCAGCCAAUCCUGCCCAACAUCCGCAAGUGGAAAGGGCCCCGGGGAUGCUGGAAGGCCGUUGUUUCCGAGACACCCUCGACUCAGCUCCAAAAGGGUGCCGGGUUUGCGGGGUUCCUGUGGGACACGGCGGCGGGGGUGGAGCUGAGAGAUGCCGCCUGGCAGGAGAGCUCGCCAGGCAAUGGGCAUGGGAAGCCGGUGGGCCCCAGCCCAUACCUCGCGAGGUUCAAGGUAGGAAGUCAUGACUUGACGCUGGUGAACCUUCACCUGGCGACCCUGACCCUCCCAGGGGGUGAGAACCUGAGCAAGAAUCACAGUGACAGCCAUCGCUGGGCUAGCUUCACACAGACCUUGCAGGAAACCCUGAAAGGAGAAAAAGACGUGAUAGUUUUAGGGGAUUUUGGCCAGGGGCCAGACAGCAGUGACUAUGAUAUCUUGAGGAAAGAAAAAUUCCACCACCUGAUCCCCGCACACACCUUUACCAACAUCAGCACCAAGAAUCCUCAAGGCUCGAAGACUCUGGACAACAUCUGGAUCAGUAAAAGCUUAAAGAAGGUUUUCACAGGCCACUGGGCUGUAGUGAGAGAAGGCCUCACAAACCCUUGGAUUCCAGAUAACUGGUCUUGGGGCGGAGUGGCUUCUGAACACUGCCCUGUGCUUGCGGAGUUUUACACGGAGAAGGACUGGACCAGGAAGGAAGGCCCUCGGAGCGGCAAUGGGCUCACUCUGGAGCGGAGUGAAGCCAACAUUAAACACGAGCGAUGAUGGCACCGAAUAGGCGUUCCACCCCCUGACCCUGGGGAGUUCGCCCUUCCCCGUGAAGAUGCAGAGCCAGAACCGCCUGCCCUUUUGUCCUCGUUCUGACAGCGGACAGUGCUUGCGUUGUGACCUGGCUGCCUUCCUCACAGAGUUUGUGGACUCUCAUGGGGGAGGGAGCCCAGUGGGCCCUCGAGGUGCUGGAUGGUCUGAUCAGAAGCCGGGUAGAGAACUGGAAUGUCUUUGCUCUGUGGAUGCCGCCAGCCUCAGCCACUGGGGGUGAUCACCACACUGCCUGGACUGCAGCUCAAAGGGAAUAGCAGUGGAGGCUGGAGGCAGAGCUCUCGUUCCUGACCACCAGUCUGUGAUGUUCUGACUGCAAAUUCUGUGAAAAGCUUUUAACUUGAGCACUCUCCUCAAAUAUUUUGAGUGAUGAUUUUUAGUUUUGUUUUGAAAAAAUAAACAGAGAUGAACCUGC